GUCAGUUUGAAUCACUAAUUUUGACAUACUAUUUUAUCAUAAGUGUUUACUUUUAUUAUUGCAAUUUAUGUGAAAGUAUUCAUUAAAUCAGUAACAAACGAUUAAAAAUGCUAAAAGGAAUGGUAAGCUUAGUUACUGGUGGUGCUUCGGGUCUUGGUAAAGCUACUGUGGAAAGAUUUGUGAAGAAUGGCGGUAAGGUCGUCAUACUUGACAUACAGGGCACGAGAGCCGAGAAAGUGGCCAAGGAACUUGGUGAUAAUGUAGUCGCCUGCACCGGCUGCGUAACAUCAGAAGCCGAUGUAAACAAGGCACUCGACAUUGUCAAGGAUAAGUUCAAAAGACUUGACAACCUAGUGAACUGUGCUGGACAGUCCACCACACAUCAGAUAUACAACUUCCAUUCAGAUAAAUACUGUGAUCUUGAGCAUUUUACCAAAUGUGUAAAUAAUAAUACAGUAGGCACAUUCAACACAAUACGAUUAGCAGCAGGCUUAAUGGGCAAGAACGAAGCAAACAAGGAAGGGCAAAGAGGCGUCAUAGUAAACACAGCGUCGACGAUAGCAUAUGAGGGGGAUAUUGGUCAGGCGGCGUACGCGGCGUCUUCGGCGGCGAUAAUAGGCAUGACGUUGCCGAUAGCAAGAGAUCUGGCAUCGAAGGGAAUCAGAGUGGUGACUGUCGCUCCAGGUAUAUUUGAUACGCCCCUAGUAUCAUACUUACCGGAGAAGAUGAUAGAGUUUAUAAAGCGUAUGACUCCAUUCCCAUCCCGAUUGGGCAAGCCAGAAGAAUUCGCUCACCUAGUCACAAGUAUAGUAGAGAAUCCAAUGCUGAAUGGAGAAGUCAUAAGAUUAGAUGGCGCACAAAGAUGGUUCCCGUUGUAGAAUAAGAAUAUAAUAAGGCUGUUAAUAAAUGUGUAGAUAUUUAGA